CGUACCCGGCGGCUGACCCGUCGUAUUCGCGCUUUACUACAAACUAUAUAACACGUCGCGAUUUUGUUAAUAAAUAAGUGCCAAGAUAUUCAAUUAACAUUCACUGUGAUUACAAAGUAACGAUAAAAGUUUACAAUUUAGUUUCGUUAAUUAACUACGAUGAACAUUUAUUUUGGAACUUUAAAAACUAUAUUACUUGUGUAAAACUUCGAAUUAAAAUUUGUGCACUCGGACAGUUGAGCGGAGUUUAGUGUUGUUUACGAAUACAGCGGCAGUGUUUACAGCGCGCACGUGGCCCGACGCCCGCCCGCGCGCGAUGCCGCGAAAAACUUUCUUUGAAAACAUUACUGUGGCAUAAGUUGGACCGCGAGGGAGACGCCGCGAAUGCGACCAUGACUUUAACCUGUAGCGCUUGAUUUGUGCAGCAACGACUACAUGUGCGUGGAAGAACAGAGUGCCGUUUUUUAUUUUAUUUUUUUCUUUGGAGGAGGCGGUGCUCUCCUUUGGAUUAAUGGUUUAAAUGGCUAACAGCAAUACCGUGUCGUCGACCUUACCGUCGAGGGAUUAUCAUUGUAAGGUGUGCGAUCUUUAUUUGGACACUGUUGAUUCUUUAGAAGUGCAUUUACAAUAUCACAAAGAAAAUUUAUACGUGAAGUGGGGUACACAAAAUUCACAAAAUGAUACUGAAAAUAACAACGGCACGAAAAUAAAAAACGAAACAACUGUGUCAGCCCCAGCAGACUCCAGUGACAACAUGAUUACAAAACCUAGUCCUGAAUUUCAACAACGUGCUACGCCGGAGACGUCCACGCAAUUUCCUCACCCAGCCACACCACAGAGCUACCACAGUGCACCAUCACCAUACCAGAAUCCAGAUCAAACCACCUUCUCACCUGGAGCACAAUAUGGUAAUAAUUAUUCUCAUUCAAACUUCUCUCAGAAUCAACAUUCAGAACAAAUUAACUGGGAUCAAUCUCAAUAUAAUCAAGACUAUCAUAAAUCAAAUCGCUUCCACCCUUAUAAUUUACAAGAUCGAGUAUCACAAGUAUCUUCCUCUAGCCCUUUAUAUGGCCAGCCAUUAAAUCAGCCUACACCCUCACCAUCUCCAAAUCAGUGCGACAAAUGUGGCUUUGUAUGCGACUCUGCUGUCCAACUCAAUGAGCAUUGCAACUCAGCUCAUGCAGGAUCAAGCUCUACUCCUACGGCAGCAGCAAUGCCGUUCCAACAAUUUGCUGGUAAACAAUUUAACAGCUCUGGUUAUCAAAACGAAAACGUCAAAGUAAAAGAAGAGCAUGAAGAGUCUUCAGACAUAUUGGAUUUAGAUUCACAAAAGGUGGUAUACCAAGGUAACGAAGGCGAGCCACAAAACAAUCAAUAUGAAGAAACACAACCACAAGGAAGAGAAGUAAAUACACGAACGGUCCCGAUGAUGCCGUGGGAAACGCAAAAAUUAUACAACAACCCACAAAUAAAUGGAGAUGUAUCUCUCUUUAAGGAGCAAAAAAUGUUUCAAGAACAAAAACCAUUCCCGUCAGAUGUAAAAAUGUUUCACCCUGAACAGAAAUUUGCAUACACACAAGAUAAGUUCCUGCCAGUACAUCACGAUCAAAAACAAUUUAUGCACGUUGAACAAAAAAUAUAUUCCGGAGUGCAAAUGCCACCGCUGUCUGAAUACGCAGGACCCGUAGCGUCAUCCAAUUCCGACAUGAAACCACCGUACCGGCCUUAUGAUUCACCGAACGCACCGCAGAUAACAAGUACACAACCUGCUAAUCCUACAUCAUCUGCAUUACCGUCAAUCGGUGGAAAGGGAGCAAAUUGGAAAUCAAAUGAAGCGAGAAGACCAAAAACAUACAACUGUACAGCUUGUAACAAAUGGUUUACAAGUUCAGGGCAUCUUAAAAGGCAUUACAAUACAACCUUACACAAAAAUGCUGUACGAUCAUCAGGUCAGCCAGAUCCAGCUACAAUGCCAAUUUCGAGUCAUCAUCAUCCCACGAGGGAGUCUCUUCAAGCUCGUGCGCAACAGCAAAGCGCAGACUCCAACACGCAGAGUCCUGUGCCCUCAGACGACAGCCGGGGCGUCGACGACGGAGCACUGCAAUCACCCUACGCAUCGCAGAGUUUUGAUCGCUCGCAUCGUGUCGCCGCGAUGCAGUCCAAGCCGCCAUACACACAUCUUCAACAGGGUAACUUAGAUAAUAAUUUCAGUAAUAAUCCUUUAGUAAACCAUCCUUUACAACAUCAAGUAGGUUCUCAUCCUAUAAAUAUAGGUAGUCAACCGCCAGGGAUAGGUAAUCCGAGUGACAGCCAGGGGUCCAAAGGUGCAUCAAUAUCUUCUAGUGCGAAUCCCCCAAACGGGGAAGCAGGUCCCUCUGUUUCUCAAAAUCACCAUAUGAGGGGCCUGCUAUCAGUGUCAACCAGCAAUAUUUCAACUCCAGCUCUAACCCAGAGUACUCCAGCGCUUACGGCGCACACCCUGCCGCCGUUCAGUCAUUUGGGUGUCAACCCAUACAGUCCGAGGUCUACGGAUCCUUUGGGGCCUUCGGUACCGGACCCCACGCACACCCCAUUAUAUUUGGGUCAGAAUUUUCAGCAGACUAUAGCACCGAGUUACCCAAACGGGAUGGCCCCCCACGUUAUGGAUAUGGCUAUCAACAAUCUGCCUAUAGCCAAUCCGGCUACUUUUGGUGAAUCAACACCAGAAGAAGUCGAAGUUAUGGAACAAGAAACGUCUAUUCAGCCUGCCAGUGGACGCUUGCCUAGCUUUUCGCAGCUCCAAACGCAGAGCUUCAGCGUUUAUGUUUCUAACUAUGUCACAUCACCUAACGUGGGGGGUCAAGUUAUUACCGACGAGUCUACCGCCGGUUACAUAAUCGUUGAUCCUGUCCAUUCUUCUCCUCAGUACAACAGUAUUGAUAUUAAUGGACAAGAUAUUGAUUAUGAAUAUAGUUAUUUCUCCAAACCUAUUAAAGACAGCGUUACUACUUAUAAUACCGAUAACAUAAAGGUUUAUCCGUAUGGUUACGCUGUAGGGGGUAAAACUAUUAAAAGGGAAGAUGACGUAUUACGAAGUGACUCUAGUGAGCUUCAAAUUCUAAAAAUUGAAGAUAUUAUGGAUUAUGCAAACAAAGAAAAUUAUGGUGCACAAAUGAAGUCACCUGCUAGUCCAGAGAGUGCUAAAGCUGAAAAUGAAAGCCAUGGCUCUCCUUCUAUAUCAUCAACGGUACCAAGUACACCGUUGACUGAAAGAAAUCAAUUGAAAAAGAGUGUACCUACCACCGUUCAUAAAUGUUUCGAAUGCGAUAAAUUAUUUAAUAAAGCGUGUUAUCUCACGCAACACAAUAAAACUUUUCACUCAGGAGCUAAGCCUUUUAAGUGUGAUCGAUGCGGUAAGCGCUUCUCUGACGAUGUUUCAUACGAGGGUCACUACUUGAAGCAUGCUCACAACAAGCCAUUCAAGUGCCACGAAUGCCCGAAAUCGUUCAAUCACAAAACAGAUUUGCGUCGUCAUAUGUGCUUGCACUCGGGCUGCAAACCAUUUGCAUGCGAUCACUGCGGCAAAGGCUUUAUACGAAAAGAUCACAUGAUAAAACAUUUCGAUACUCACAUUAAAAAGAAUUUGCGUUCAUCGUCCUCUUCAUCCUCAGUUUCAUCGACAUCAUCCCCGACUUCGUGAACACGCUUUUGAAAUAGAUGAUAAAAAUAAAAGUUAUGCGUAUCGUAUACACAUAUCAUAACUAGAUGGCAAUACUAAAUAAAACAUUAUUUGAUUAUAUUCAUAUAUGUAUGUAUAGUUUAGGACGUUGAAGCGCGAUGUUUUGUUAUAUAUCUGUUAUGUCCUUAUAGAGAAGCCGGGAGCCGAUUCCGAUGCACGCGUUCAUUCCGUCAGUUUUAUUUUUUGUUGUUCAUUCAAUCUAACCUUGUCUUCGGUGCAAGGUGACUUUACAUGUCUGGUUGUCUGGGCGCUAAACAAAACAUAUAAUUACAUGACGUUGGAGUAAUAUUCCGCAAUAUUUUAGACCGAUCCAUAUCACUUUACAUAUGAAAAUUUAUAUAGUAUUAAAUAAUAAUUAGUUGUAUAUGAACCACUUUAUUCAAUAUGUUAGGUCAUUCCAGUGACUAUCUUUUUAAUGUUAAUUACAUAUCCUUUUACUCUAAAUGUUUUAUUUUAGUUAAAAUUAUAUGUUUGCCUUUGAUUGUUGAUGUUGAUAGAAUUAUGCGUGUAAUCUGAGAGUUCAUAGAGUAUUUUUUUCAGUGUAAAUAUACUACAAGAUAAAGAUAAUAAUAUCAUUAUGUAAUUGUACCACUAUAAUUCUAUUUUUGGGGCUGGAUAAAGGACGUUUGACAAGAUAAAAUAUUUGGAUAGUUUUGAAAGAUUAUUUGCAAAUAAAAAUUAUUAUAUACCUAUUAUUCAAAUAAUUCGGCAACGAAUUGCUAAAAAUUGUGUAUUGGCAUCAUAUUAUCACCAUUAAUACGUAGGUUUAUUGCGUGAACGAGACGCACGUCUUUAGUGAAUUUAUCGAGAGUGAGUAGUUAUUGCUACUAAUGAGUGGAUUUCUGUAACGAUUAAUUGAAUAUGAUGUAUAGUGGCCGAUUGUGCGUAACAUCACUCCUUAGCCAACUUCUACAGAUAUUAAUUUUUAUCGUGGUAAUAAUUAUUGUUUGUUGUAUUUUCCGGUGCUUCCUAUUAUUUUAUCUGUUGAAAUUUGUUUUAAUGUUAGGCUAGUUAGCUACUUUGAAAAUUCUGAUUCUUUUGGGAAUUGAAAAGUAUUUAUGCCACUAUUUAGUUACCAAUAUGUUAUUUGAACGAAUUUAGUUUAUACAUUCCUGUUUCGUUAGUGUAGGAAAGUAGUCUUCCUGAACGUUGCCAAAUUAAUUCCGCCAACUGUCUGUUGCGAAGCGAUUUAACUUUUAAUGAUUUAGCCUAAUGAUAAUGAAAUUCUCUAGCAAUAAUUUAAUAUAAUAAUGUAAAUGUUUUCUUUUUGUAUAUCUAGUAAUAAAUAAAAUAUUUCGAAUAUUGAGUACGUGUAGAGAGCGGUAUGGGAGACAUACACAUUUUGUAUAUAAUAUACGAAAGGAUAAUACAAUAAUACACAGUAUGUAUUAAACAUUUCAAGGCCCCUUGGCACAGGCGUUACAAAAUAUUCGUCUUGUUAUUUAUUCACAUUUAAUUCAAAUGGUUGUGAUCUGGAGUGUUUUUGAGUUUUUGGCAAUGGAUAUAGUCUCAUUUCUUUUUCGUUGUUGAAUAAAUAAUAUCAAACACAAUGCAGCGAUCAACUAAUCUUAUGUAUAUUUAUUACAAAUAAAUAUAUUACAGAGCUUUAUGUCCUCAAAUUUUUUAUUUUGCUAGUAAAUAUAAUUAACCAGUAGAAUAUUUUGUUUCGCUUUCUCGUGGAUGGAAACCCUAUGAUUGUCUAUUUACCAUACUGAUUAUUCGUUUACUAUGGAGUCAUUGUGCAAUAUGAACAUUGUAUUGACUUAAUUUUGAUAAUGUUUGUAUUUGAAUGUUGAUUAUAUUUCAGAAAUAUUUUUAUACAAAUAGAAUUACACAUGUCUACCUCAUCAGCGACUAUAUUUUAUCAUAUCAAAAAGAUAAUAAAGUAUAUACACGUCUAUUUCAAUGAAGUUUAUAAUAAUAUUAAAUAUUUUAAUAUAAAAAUACUGCCAGUUUGACUUGAUCGUUGAUGAUUCUUACUGUAAUUAUUGUAGUUCGUCAGUCAAUUUAAUAGAAAAAGAUAUAUACAAUACCUCACAUUAAUUUUGGUUAAAUGUUUUGAAUUAAUAACAAAAUAGACUGUUGAACUAUAAGUACAAAAUAAAUGUAAUAAACGAGUUGACUGACGAACCAUUUGGUAAAAUUUAUUACAUUAUUAUACAGUGUUUACAUUUAAUUAAAUAUGGAUGCAAAAAUAAACUUAAGAUCUAUACUAUUAGGAACUAUUUGUGUAACAUAUUUUCAAUAUAGCAAUAACGUAAUAGUAAAACAUUUAAGAGUAUGAAACUUAACUACCUCAAGUAACGAGUAAUAGGGUUAGAAUGUGUUGUGAGGGCGCGGACCUCGGGCUCGAGGCUGUCGCCGAACUAACCGAAUACCUCGUCUUGCCUUCCACAUUUUAUUUAAAGAUAAUUAUAUAUUAUGUCCUUUAUUUACACUGACAUGCCUGGAGUUGCGCGGUCCGACGCCCGUCUUCUAAUAUAUUUUAGCGGACAUUUGUCUCCUCACACUGUUUAAAGCACACACUAGUAGUAUUUAGAUAUUAACUAAUGUAAAUACAAAAUCUACGAUAAAUUUUGUUAUUUAUCAUAUUCAAUUAUAUUCAUCGAUAGACUUAUUUUUAAUAAGUUUUACGUAAUACAAGUUAAUAUUAAUUAUAAGAUUUGAGACACUGUAACCAGUGAUUUUGUUUGUGUAUGAUAUUAUGUUAAUUUAAUUAUUGUCAGUUACCAUACGAUUUCUGUUACAUUCAGUUGAGUAAAAUCGGAACAGUUUAAAUAUGAUAAGAUGUUGUUUUUUUUACAAGAUUGUUCCCUUUUCAGUGAAACUUUAUGGCAGACAACAUUGGCUUGCAUAAGUUGAAUUUUUAUUAUUUGUUUAUUAUAAGCUUAGUGCGAAAUCACAACGUUGCUAACUUCACUCAAGUGAUUUUCUUGCUUUAACAGGUAUCACUUGGUAUUGUGUGUGUUUUUGACAUCUAAACUAAACCUCGGAAAUCACAUGGGUAAAGCUAGACUUAGAAUAAGGUUUCUCAUAGAUUACUUAUACAUAGGUUUAGGUGACAGGUCUGUACAUCGCUCAAGCGAACGAUUUUUCCAUAUAAUAUGCUUUGCGUUGAUAUGUUUGUGGAGAAAAUUAACAAAGGGUGCGUGAUACAUUUGUAAGAUUAGCGUUAUAAUCUCUAACAUUACAAAUGUUCCUAGAUUAGUUCUCUCAUAAAGCAAAGGGAGAAUUAGUCUAGCAGCGCUCACUUUGUUACAAACGAAAAAAAAAUAAUAUGCCGUUUUAAUGUAUUUUAUUAAUAUAUGCAAUAUGUGUGUUUUAUUUUUUUUAUAUUUUUACACAAACAUGUCAAUUGAUAUGUGAACUGCUCAGCGAUUUUUAAUAUUUUGUGUUUUAUGUUACCAGUGACUAAAAUGCCAGAUUUGAAAUUCCUAUGUCAUUCCUUUCUACCAUUUUAAAAGUCUUGGCAUUUUAUGUCCUUAUUGAUGUUUAUUGGCAAAAAUGGUAUCCGGUGUCAGAUCUGUCAUUCAAUAUAAAUUUAAUGUGAAA